CUGUGAGUCAGUGAGAUCAGAGCAAGUUUGAGCUGUCGUUUCCUGCUUGCAUCUCAUAAACAUUGAUUAUUGUUGCCGACGUCUGUGAAGCCGAUUGGAGUUACAACUGCAACCAUGGCAGACAGACGGGCAGAAAUAGCCAAGAAAAAGGCUCAGAUUGAGAAGCUGAGGAAAGAGAGGAAGGAGAAAGAAAUGGCAAAAUCCCAGGCGUCGAAAGACAGCACAACCUCUGGGAGUGUGGAUACCUCAGCCUCUGAUCCUGAUGCCAUAUUUAGAGAUCUGGGUAUUCCAGUGACAGAUACUCCACCACAGGCAGCCCCUGCAGGUCAGGCUGUAUCUGCCACCCAGGGUGCUGGAGAGGCAGUUGUGCAGACAGUUACUCAUGCCAGUCCUCGAAGACAAAAAGUGCAACUGAGUGUUGUGAAAGUGAACGAGACAAGCAUCCCCCCUCGGGAGAAUGUGUCGUAUAGCAAGGAAACGCAGACCAUCAACCCGGAGCCUAUAGACAAGGAUGGGCGAAGAAGGCGGUCUCAUUCUCACGGAAGCCGCGGUCCCUGGGAUUAUUACGAUGACCUUUCGGACUAUCUGUCCACGUCUGGCGCGAGCAGUCCUCGUCACGGUGUGUCAGUUAUUGGCCACGGCUCCCCUAAGUUCAUUCACCCCCAUUUGGAGUGGGACGAUGAGUUUUUUGAUGAUAUGGACGAAGUUUUGGUUUAUGACAACGCGGACCACACAGAUGACGACACGGACUCGCUGGACGUGAGCGCGGACACCGCUCACCCACACCGCAUGCCACACGUGGAGAUGGUGCCUCCGGCCGUGUCGGAGGAGGAGACCAAACAGGAGCCCGCCAAAAUUCCGGAGCUGAGCGAGGAGGAGAAGAAGCAGAUCAUGAUGUCGGAGGACUUCCAGCUGAGCAUGUCGCGAGCCACACGGGUCAUGCAGAGGAUGCUGGCCACCAAGGACUCGUCCAUGACCACAGACUACAGCGGCGCCGACACCGACGGGAAAGACGAUGACCUCCUGGCCGGCGAGAAGCUGAAGCUUCAGCAGGAGUUUUACGAUGAGAGGUGGUCCAGACGUCGCAUCAUCACCAGCAUGGACUGGUCACCACAGUUCCCUGAGUUGAUGGUGGCUUCGUACAAUGCUAACGAGGAUGCCCCCAACGACCCUGAUGGCGUCGCUCUCAUCUGGAACCUCAAGUACAAGAACAUGGCGCCCGAGUACAUUUUCCACUGCCAGUCGUCAGUGAUGUCGACAUGUUUCGCCAAGUUCCACCCAAACCUGGUGAUUGGUGGGACGUACUCCGGCCGCAUCGUGCUGUGGGACAACCGGGUCUUCAAGCGGACUCCUGUUCAGCGUACGCCUCUGUCGGCCUCGUCACACACUCACCCAGUAUACUGCGUGAACGUGGUGGGUACCCAGAACGCCCACAACCUCAUCUCAGUGUCCACUGACGGGAAAGUCUGUUCCUGGAGCCUGGACAUGCUCUCUCAGCCACAGGACAGCAUGGAGCUCCAGUCCAGGCAGAACAAACCCGUGGCUGCCACCUGCUUCAGCUUUCUGUCCGGGGACGCCAACAACUUCAUCGUGGGCUCUGAGGAGUGUGCAACCUACUCGGCCUGCAGACAUGGGAGCAAAGCGGGCAUCAACGAGGUGUACGAGGGCCACCAGGGUCCCCUCACUGGCAUCGACAGCCACUGCGUGCCCGGGCAGGUGGACUUCUCCCCUUACUUCCUCACCUCCUCCUUUGACUGGACCAUCAAGCUCUGGAGCAUCAAGCAACCGUACCAUCUUCACUCAUUUGAGGACAAUAACGACUAUGUGUACGACGUCAGGUGGUCGCCCAUACACCCGGCACUCUUUGCCAGCGUGGACGGGGAGGGAAGACUGGACCUUUGGAACCUCAACAAUGAGACUGAGGUCCCCACAGCGUCAGCGAGCAUAGACGGAAAGCCGGCCCUUAACCAGUGCAGAUGGCACCAGAGUGGCCACCAUAUCGGUGUGGGCGACAACACAGGGAGAAUACAUCUGUUUGACGUUGGAGAGCAUAUCGCCAACCCCAAGUCAGACGAAUGGUCUGGCUUCGUGCACACCCUGCAGGAGCUGAAGCAACAUGCGGCCGAGAGAGAGGAGGACUCCUCCCUGGCAGGCGCAACUCCCCCACUCAGAUAAAGACGCGACCAACUCCUUAGUUUUUUUAUUUACCUUUUUUUUUUUAAUUUGUCUCUUCGAGUUUGACGAGAAUGAUGUAAGAGUGCCAGAUCAGAUGGGCUGUUCAUUAGUUUCUUAGGUGAUCUUUAUUUAUUUUCAUUUAUGUUAGUUAAACGAGUAUGAUACAGGUCAAACAUAGCUCUAUUUUUCGCUGUUUGCACAAAUGAGCUAUUUCUGUCAAAUCCCCGCUCCCUUGCCAUCUGUUCCUAUGAAAUGAAGUUGUGCUAGACGUGUUACAGGGUAACUUUCUGGCAUGUGUGUUAUCUAUAUGUACGUCAGAAUUUUGACUGGACGUAGUUGGCACAGUUCCUUUGCUAUAAUUUCCUUUAGCCUGCGCUUGAAGCUUUGAGAAUGAAUUGGCUGGGGCUUAAUCCAAAAGACGGGAGCAUAUGUCUGAGCGUGCAGCACUGAGCAUUUGCGUCAUCAUGCUGCUGUGUAAAUGUAGUAUUCAACCCAAGGGAGCCUUAGGUGCACUAGUCAUUUGCACUCUGGGAAUCAGAACUGAAAGGGUUAAUGUUCCGCUGUAAAUGCUAAGCUCAUUAUAUACUGAAUAGUGAUAACGGGUGUAGUCUUUUACAGUCUCAUGCUACAAGCAGGAGAACAGUUAGGGAACAGUUGUACAUGUCUGGUUGAAUUAAGUAUUUCUCUCUGUUGGAGCUCUUGUUUUAAACCUGUUUGACCAUGCUGUCCCUCUAUUCUUUUGAGAAAAGCGUAUGCUUGGCUGACCAGGUGUUGGUGUUCCUUUCUUUAACCCCAUGAACCCGAGGUUGUGCUACUCUUAUCUUUUAAACACUCCGAUGUGCAAGUUGAGCCUUUGACUCAAGGGAGGCUCAGGUCCAUGCUUCCUGUUGGCUCGGGAGAACCAGGGCUCAGAGGGUUAAAGGAAUAAGCGUAUGAGUUUGGCCAAAUUCUGCUUCUCUCUUUUUGCUAUGGUUUCAAAUUUACAAGUCAUUAUUUGAAACUGCCCAGUCUUCCGAAGGUUCGCCGUUUCGUAAUCCCUCCCCCCUCCCUCAUGUUUUUCGUGCUGUGGGGGUGUUUUGCCUGGGUCAUACAGAGGGCAUUGUGUUCGCUUCAUGUCCUUUUGGGGAUUUUUUUCUGUUUUAUUUUUGUGUAGAGGAAUUGCGUUGAAGAUAUGGAUGGUUGGUGGGUGCUCUAAUGUUAUCUGCUCCUGCUGAGUCCUGUCAGUGUGAAUGUUGUCCUAGUCCUGCUCUGGCCCAGAAGAAAUGUGGCAAUCACUAUGCUGACUCAGCUUAAUGUUAUUGCUGUGUUGCAGGGAAAGAAUGCCUGCUUACUAGUGGUUCUAAUUAGACGAAGCUGAUGUAAAUCUGGACUACAUUCUGGCACUUUUCCCCCACGUUUCCCUCCCAGUGUUGUAGGAAUAUUCAAUUUGUAAACUAAUUUUUAAUUUGAUUUUUUAAAAUAAUGAACACAAUUUGUAGUGUAUGAAAAUUUAAGUGCAUUUAUCUGUCUACUGAGUUUUGUGAGUGUACAGGUGUGAGUGGCUCAGUCGUAUGCUUUCUGUAUCGAUAGUUUGUUUUUCUUUAUAUCCAUUAUGUUAAUACUUGCAAAUUCAACUCUAUACUGGUGCAAUAUUCACGGAGCUAAUAAAACUAGUGUUAAUGGUACCGUAUGUUGGCACUACAGCUCGUACUAUAUGUGAGUCCUGAACUUCACAGGUGCAUGUAUGGCUGCCUAUUUGUCUGUCUAGAGCAUAUUUUGACUUUAGAUAUAUAGUCUUACAAGUUUGAUCACACUGAACAAGCAGCCUGUACUCAUGGUGUUAUGCAAUAGUGUAUGCAUUUGGUAAACCAGUGUGCAUAUGGGGAUAAGGAUUAUCAGGUAUGAUAGACAGUGAACAAUGACAUGAAGUUCCAUAAUGAAGCUGAUGUUUGUAGGCCAGCCAGAUUUAUGAGGGUGUAGAUUUCUUGAUAACUUAAAAAAGUUGGGUUUUUUCCCCUGUGUAGUUCUGAGGAUUCAAAACAGCUUCUCCCCUCUCAGUUUUCCUUAUCCCUUUUUUAUCCCCGCCUCUCUACUCCCAGAAUCCUUUUGAUCAUCGUUUUUCCAUUUUUCCCAAACUUACACACAUUAUAUUUAUUAUAAUGCUUUGGAAAUGGAUGCAGUAGUGGACAUAAUAUCUUUUUUGUAAACUUAAAUCUCUGGUUGUUCGGGAUGCUUUUUCUCAUGUUUUCUUAAAACAAAUCUCAACCUCUUUGUUUAGUAAGGUUAAGACUCAUUCCUGACUUUCCCAAUCGGCAAGGACUUUCUUGCGAACUAGUCCUUGUAAGAUAGUUGUACCUCCAUUGUGUCAAAGGUCACGGAAACAAUACCCAUAAAGCUGUAGUGUUCUUUGAUAUAUUUGACAUUAUUUCGACUUGUUUGUUCCUGUUUUCAGCAAAUGUCAUGAACUGAUUGCUGUCACAUGCUUUUACUUUUUCCUGAACUUUGCAAAAGCAUUGAAAUGCUCUGAAUGUUUUGUGCGAGGGGCUCAUCUUUGUGUCUAAUGAUAUAAAAAUGACUCGAAUAUGUCUUGGCCUUUCUGCUUGUGAUAAAUCGUAUAAACACCAUGUGAGUGUAUUGUUAUUUGGGGGGAAAAGUUAUUUUUGUGACUUUCUUCAUUUUUGUGCUUAUUGGUCAUUUUUGUCCUGGUGUUGCAACUGGAUAAUUCCAUUUGCUAAAAUAGGAAAAAAACAAGCAAAUAAAAUAUUCCUGUAAAGAAA